GCAAGAGGAUGCUUAAAAUGGAUUUCAGUCUUUCUUUUCCCUUGCCACGCCUAUUGGUGAUUCUGACCAUUAUUGAUGGCUGGACUUGUAGUGACAUAAUCCAGGUUGCUGGAGACAUUGGCAGCACAGUUUCCAUCCCUUUAAAAAUUCAAAAUACAAGCAGUUUCUUAGUAAUGAAGCAAAUGAAUUGUGCUCACUCAACAAACGUAAGCAUGGACUGUUGCAGUGAUUGUGAUGAACGAAUGUGCCUGAGGAAAGGACUCCUGGAGAUAAAGAAUUUAACAGAAAAUGAUGAAGGGAAAUAUACUCUUGAUUCUGAAAAUUACAGCCAAACUUUAUUAUUGAGACUGUGCGAGCUGCCUCUGGUUGUUCAUAUUCAUUGUCUAUCUGAUGGGAGAGCCGAUCUAUUUUGUGAAGCAGGUGGACAAUCCAAUGACAGUAUUCAUUGGACUCUGAAUGGAAGUGGAAUGAAUGACAUUGAUGCUUGUCAGAAGGAUGGUGGCAAGAGGAUUAUUUUAGAAAAAGGAGUUCAUGGAAAACUGGCUUGCCAUAGAAGAAACAGCUGCAGCAGUUCCUCCAUUGAGUUGUCAUGUAAUGAAGGCAAUGAAGGCUCUUUGCUUCAACCAGAGGAUUUGCUGCAGAAUCCAUUGUUCCUGUACAUUCUGGCAGGAUGUGGUGGUGGAGCUCUCCUUCUGGCCAUCCUUGCCUCACUGAUUACAUGCUGUUGCUUGAAAAGCAAACAUCACUUCAUUUCAGUGCCUGCAGAGGAUGAGAAAGAUGAGGGCAUAAACCUAGCAGCCAUAUCAAGUGAAGGACAAAAGAGUCCACCUAAUGGAGAACGUUGUGAAGCUACAAGUGCCCUUGGUGACAGCACGACCAAUCCUGGUCCUGAGACUGGUGAAAGUUUUAAACCAGAGCGCAAAGUGGAUCUUACAACUGGAGCCAAGAUAGAAUCAGAACCUAAAAUAGACGAAAAAGCUGGAACAGAAACAGAGUUUCGAGAGGUCAUGGUUGAUAGUGCAGCCUUGGAAGCUGUGGAUGUCCAUUUCCCUGAUCUGACUGAUGCUUGAUUAGAUCUGGUCGUUCUCCACUCCCACUUGUCUCAGAAUAAUAGUGUCCUUUGUAAAUCACCUGCCUACACUAGCCAAGCCUGCACAUCUGUCUCAAAGUAAUCCACACUGGCCAGUGUGAUGCUUCUGUGCCUAAUAGCAUUAGCUUUAGAAUUAAAUAUGAAAAAAUCUAGGCAUAAGACUUUUUAUCCUCAGAUCAUCUGAAUAAUGUCAGUGUUGCUUCUGUGUCAGCAUUUGGUUUUUUGAAUCCUUGACAGACUUCAUUCUGUCCAGGCCUGGAUACACCAAGGAGAAAAUGCCAAAGAAAAACUCAAAAUAUGAAAUCCCCUAGAAAUUCACAGAGAGAAUUUCAGCUUCAUCACAUAGAUGAUUAGGUUUUGCAUAUUCUUGUGAUCAAAAGUAAUAUAGUUGAGGAUCUUACAUUUUGUUGGAAGAUUACAGGAUUGACUGAGUAAAGUACCUACCAUAGACUUCCUAUGCCACGAAGAGGCAAGGUGUGUAUUCAGUGGACCUCAGGAAUCUUCUGUAUGCUCUUUGUAAAGUCAGGUUUGUAAGGCUAUUUGAACAGGGAAUCCUUUGCAGCUUUGGAGCCUGGAAAUAUGACAAAAUUCAUACCAUCUGCGAUUCAAUUCAAACCCUUGAUGUUUCACACACUUCUCAGCUGAGAUAAAGUGAUCUCUUGCCUUUGCUGCUGUUUGCCAUUUUGAAAGGAAUGCUAACAAUGCGUUUUCCUACAUUUGUUCUAGCUCACCAUGCAUGUCUAACAACUUGUAUUGUUUUGUUUGUUUUACUUUCUUAGAUGGAAUUUUCAUCAACAAUUGACUAUUGGGCUAAGCAAUAUGAUCAAUUUUAGCAUUUAUCUUGAGCUGUUUUGAGUAUCAAACAGUAUGCACACAUCAUUGUAAUAUACCGAAAGUGAUUCAUUAUGUUGUUUGUCUCUAUUGUGUAUGUUCUUGCAGCUUAUUUCAGAUGAAUGACUUGAGAAAUCCGGGUGUCUUUCAGGCUUAUCUUUCUUGUAGUAGAGCUGGUUUGGCCAUUAGCUAUAAUGGCUUCACUGCUGAUGUCAGGAACAAUUGUUUGGAGGAAAAGCUCACUAAUGGCUACCAAUCAAGAUGGCAAUAUACUACCUCCAGUAUCUCAGAUAUAUGGCUCUGAAUACUGGUUGCAGGGGAAUAUGAGUGUGUGUGUGUGUGUGGGGGGGCGGCUGCUGCUGCUAUUGUAUUCACACUUUGCUUAUGGGCUUCUUAUACAGAUCUUGCUGGCAGUGGCAACUAUGGAGAACAGGAUGCUGGACUAGACAAGUCAGCAUGGCUCUACUUAUGCUCCCUUGACUUUGCAAUGCCUUUAAGGGGAUCGUGCUUUAAAAAACAAAUCAUGGUGUCUGAAUGUUGCAUGAGUAUCAAUGUCAUGUUUAGAACUGGAACUAUGACUUGAAGUUCUUGGUGCCAUAGCUGAAAGAAUAUGGGAUUUCCUCUUGCUUGGCAUGCUGUAGAAAUAUAACUACAGGAUGCAGGCAGAUACAACUAAAAAUAAGUUACUUUGUGUGCAUUUCCAAAAACACUGUUUAGGAUAAUUAGGGUUUUGAUAUGACAGUAGCUCCAGGGGUUAAGAGAAAGAUCUAACAAGAUUGAUAAGCUGAGAACUGUUUAUGUGGCACACACAUACUGUUUCAGGACUAAAUCUUUAUUAUGGAUUCUUGAGUCAUUCGGUAGGGGGCAAUGAUGUUCAUUUUCUCAUUCCUCAGUGGCCACAGAUAGGACCAGUUGCUGUUCCUACUUGCACCUUGGUGCAGGGCCUUGCCACUUGUCAACCUAAAGCCUCACUGCCAUAGUGGUGACUAUGAUGGUAGAAGUUCUAGAAUUAGAAUUCUUAACUAAAUAUAUCUCUUGUCCAUACUGGGAUACUGAGAAUCCUGUUGUGAUCUUUCAGUUGUAGGCUGCAUGUUUACUGCACAAGAGAAGAUGCAUGGACAGCUAAGACAUAAAAUAGCUUCAAGGACUCUGCAGAACAGUUACAGCUAGCUAUACCACUCCAUUUUCUUGCUCUGUAUUGUAGCAAUAUAUGGCCAGAAAAAUCCAUUCAAUGUUUUUAAUCUGUGUUCAUGCUAUAGUGGUUUUUUUUUAUGAUGCAGUGCCUAAUAAAAAAGAUUGU